AUGCCAACAUCUUUUGCAUUUUGCUGGUUGGUGUGGGCAAUUUCCAAGAACAAACGAAUGCGUCCGGAACGGGACAAGAGCAAAAAAUUUGCAAGAAGGUUGUUGAAACAUGUUUUGGCUGUGGCAGGAACUUUGCAUUUCCAAAUCAAACCUGUUGGUAGGAAUUCGCAGGCUACAGCUGUGCAGGUAUCAGACAGGAACAGUUGCGUGGACAGCCGUUGCUUCUGGAACGCCGUCCUGAAGGGACGGAUUGUGCCUUUUUGGGAAGCAAAAAGAAAUGAUGUAGCGGAUGAUGAUGUAACCUCCACCUGGGACCGGCCUGACUGGAUUGAUUACAUCCUUUUUUCACUAGAUCCAAAGAAAGGGGCUCGCACUCUCCUACAACCGGUGAUCUGGACAAUUCUGGCGCAAACAGCGCUGUGGGUUGACAACAAUGUUUCAAGAUUGGCUCUGAGUACUGAUGAUCGUCGUCAAACCCGUCAAAAGAACCAACAGGAUGAUACUGGUCUCACUGUCCGCAAGUUGCUAGAUGAACUGUGCUAUGUUUGGUCACCAAACAUUCUUCGUGGAGCAUACGCCAAGCAUUCUGAUGGCGAACGGUUACGGAAAGCAGCAGGGGCUCUUUCAAUGGCUGUUGAUAUGGUACUGAAAACUGUCCCUCAAAGCGUUUUGUGGCCCGAUGGAACCCGGCUUCCUCUGGAACCUGAAGAAGAAGAUGGGCCGUCUGCCUCAGAGCCAGAAGAGACAAAGCGCAAAGGGAAGAAUCCAAAGCCAGCUGCGAAAAGCAAGGCAAAGCAGAAGGAACCAAAGAGGAAGGCGAAGAAGUCAGAUAGUGGUCGCACGGUGGAUACGGAGUACUACAAUCAUCCAUCCCUGCAGGACAUGCCUAACUGCCAUUUCAGAUUGUGGCUAUCCACAGCGGAACCCAACAAGUUGAACAGCUGCGUGACCAAGAAAGUUGAACGAGAAGUCCUGUUCUUGCUGAUGGCUUUCUGCUUUGGGAGAAAGAAGGAAAAGAUGCUGGACACAGUGACUCAGGAGUACAAGCGAAGAGGAAAACCUUUGGCCCACACAGGCUGGGGCCCAGAAGAAGUGAGGGCAUACAUGGUGGAGUAUAUGAAAAAGGUGCAGCCUGGAGGUGACAUCGGAGCCUACUCACGACAGCUUCCGAAAAAGAUCUCAUCCACCCAACCUGCACCCCUACCAGACUGGGUGAAGAAAAGAAAGAAGAAGGGCUGUGAAGAGGAUGAGGAGGAGGCUACGGAAAGUGGUGAUAGUGGGUUAGAGGCAGAGGAUGAUGAUGGCGUGGGUGAUGAAGGAUGGAUUGUGGUGAAGAAAAAACAGAAGUACUACCUUACCCACAAGCCAACCAAAGAAACAGUUGAGCUGGGCUCUCCAGAAGAAGACUCGGUCUGGGAAGUGAGGAAUGACAAAGAUGAAGAAAUGGAUUACUUGUGGCAGGACGGCAACGAUGAUUUCGAUGAAAUUCCGUGCAGGGAUUUUUUCAACGAAGUCAAGGCACCGGAAAAGCCCAAAGAUCUUCGCUCUGACAAGCCGGAGCCAUUGAAAGGAAUGAAACCAAAACAAGGAGCUGAGACCGGCAAGCAGAAGGGAAAGGUAAAGCAGGAGCACGACAACAAGAAGGACACGCAAGAGGAAGAAUUUGGUGCUGACAGUUCAGAGGAGGAAGCAGAAGCAAGCAAGACUGAUGAGAAGGAUUCCAAGCCCGCCCCAUUUGUGGACACGGAUGGCUCAGGGAAAAUGUACCUGAUUUUUCCUGUUGAAAGCAAAGAAUUGAAGCUACCCGUGGACACCUGCCAAGAUUGGGAGGUGACCACUGAAGGCACAGGUCCUGAGACGAGGCAUUGGCUAAAGUCAAAGUCUGGCAAGGAAAAGAGCAGGGAUUGUGAGGUUCUUAUGGCAGGCAGGAAAGUGAAAGAUAUUACAGACGAAAGCAGGCUACUCAAAGUCAAGGCAGCACAGGAAAGGCAGACAAAGAAAGGCAUGACAGACAGUGAGGCUGAAGAAGGUGGUGUGGAGCCAGAAUGGAAGAUCACGCUUCGUCAGAGUAUUGAAAAAGAAAUGCGAGAAGACCUCGAGAAAAGAAAGGCAGAAGAGAAAGCAUUGAAAGAACAGAGGGAGAAGGAAUUGAGGGAGAGGCUGGAAAAUGAGAGAGUUGCUCAAGAGAAAGCAGCCACCAUUAGCCAGAAGGAAAAGGAUGCGGCACGACAAAGAGAAAAAGCAGCUGCAGAUGAGAAGCGCAAGCAAGAGGAUAAAGCCAGGAUGAAAGAGGAAGAACUUGCAAAGGAGGAGGAACAGCGUCUUAGGAAGAAAAUUGAGGAUGAAAUGAGGGAAGAGCUGCGACAGAAACUUGCAAAGGAGGCUGCAGAAAAGGAGGCGGCUGAGAAAGCCAAAGACGCAGAGAAGAAAGAAAUGGAUGAAAAGAAAGACGAAAAGACGAAGGAUGAACCGAAAGACGAAAAGCCAAAGAGUGAAAAGCCAAAGGAUGAAAAGGCAAAGAAAGAGGAAAAAGAUGAAAAAGAUGGAAAGGGUGAGAAGCCGAAGGGGGAGGCAGCUGGGCCGUUUGCCAAGUAUGGGGGCGUAGCGAAGUGGAUGGAUGCAGAAGUGAAAGAAAUGAGAAAACGGGAUAGGGAGAAAUUUUGGGAUAGAGUCAAGAAAAGGGAAGCCAAAGAAGCCAAAGUAAAAGCCAAAACCACCGCCCUCCAGGACCCUGGACUGCGGGCUGAGCUACCGCAAGUGAAUCUUGAUGAAUGA